AAAAAUUCAUUUAGUAGUGUGUCGUCCUUUCCCUUCUCCCCUCCAUCCUUCUCUAUUCACAUUCCAUGAGCUAAUGAAGCAGAAUGAUUAAUUGAAACCAGACAACAAAGCUUGUUUCUUUUCACCCUCAUUGCCCAUCAUUCCUCCUCCACCAACUCCUCUCCUCUCCCCUCCCUUAUUCCUUAUCUUUUCACCUUGCUUUGUUUCUUGCCCUUUUCUUGUUUGGUUGGUGCGCAAUGCGGUGGGAUGACUGGAAUAGUGUUUGUCUUCAAUGAAAAUGAGGAAAAGGGAAGGAAAGGGAUGUGAUUGAGAAGAAGAACAAAACCCCAGCAGAGUUGGUUCCUUCUUUCUCAACAUUCCUUUCCCCAAGUAGAGAAAUUUCUUCAUUUCCCCCUUUCUGCAUUUUUGGGCUAAAGAUGAGGAAGCAUGGUUGGCAACUUCCAUAUCACCCACUUCAGGUGGUGGCUGUUGCUGUGUUUCUGGCUAUGGGUUUCGCAUUCUACGUGUUUUUUGCUCCUUUUGUGGGAAGGAAUAUGUUUCAAUACAUUGCAAUGGGAAUCUACACCGUUCUGAUCAUGUGUGUCUUCGGCCUAUAUAUUUGGUGUGCAGCAUCUGAUCCUGCAGAUCCUGGAGUUUUCAGAUCCAAAAAGUACCUUAAAAUUCCAGAGAAUGAGAACCAUCCUCAGCAUAAAGCCCUGAAACAAGGUACGGAAUCAGCCUCAUCAAUGCAGGAUGGGAAUUCAUCCACCAUUGGAGGGAAGUCAGUUGAGAAGGGUGUGGGGGAGGGUGCAAAUGCAGCUGCAGUUGUAACAGACUUGAAGAAUGAGACCAAGGCAAAGUCUUCUUGUUUGUUGUUGGCUCUCUCUCCUUUUGCUUUCAUAUGUGGUAGGUGCAAUCCAAGUGAUAAACACUCUGAGCAGUUGAGUGAAGAUGGCAUGUUCUAUUGCAGUUUGUGUGAAGUUGAGGUUUUCAAGUACAGCAAGCAUUGUAGAGUUUGCAAUAAAUGUGUUGACCGGUUUGACCAUCACUGCAGGUGGAUUAAUAAUUGUAUAGGCAAGAAGAACUACAGAAAGUUCUUCACGCUCAUGGUCUCUGCUCUCCUCUUGCUUAUAUUCCAAUGGGCAACUGGGAUUCUUGUACUUAUUUGCUGUUUCGUCGAGAAGAAACGAUUUGUCAUGGAUAUCUCAUCCAAGUUGGGUAGCAGUUUCUCUAUGGUGCCCUUUGUGAUGGUAGUGGCAUUGUGCACCAUUUUGGCCAUGCUUGCAACUCUGCCCCUGGCCCAACUGUUCUUCUUCCACAUCUUGCUCGUAAAAAAGGGAAUCAGCACUUAUGAUUACAUAAUAGCUCUAAGGGAGCAGGAACAAGAGCAGGAAGGAGUCGGAGGUCAGCAGAGUCCUCAAAUGUCGCAAGUCAGCUCACUUACUGGACUAAGUAGUGCCAGCUCCUUCUCGACAUUCCACCGUGGUGCCUGGUGUACACCACCUCGUCUGUUUCUUGAAGACCAGUUUGAUGUUAUUCCACCGGACACUGGAUCCGUAAGUUCCUAUGGUAAAAAAGCGAUCAGAGAAGACCCAAUGAAGAAGAAAAACCCAGCUGCCGUAAAGAUCAGUCCUUGGACAUUGGCUAAACUGAAUGCUGAUGAGGUCUCCAAAGCUGCUGCUGAUGCCAGAAAGAAGUCCAAAAUCCUACAACCUGUGAUGAGACAGGAACCAUCAUUCUCGCUAGCGAGAGAUAACAGCUUUGGAAGCAGUGGGGACCGAAUGGUCUCUAGACUUGACAACAGAAGACGAGUUAGCAAAAGGGUAAGACUCCCAGCUGAUUUGCCAAUGGAGCAGCCUGUAACUGCUGUUGGGGUCUCAGCAGGGAAAGUUUUCACGGGAACUUCUUCCUCAAGUUUAGCCCCACUUCAGUUCGAGGCUAGGAGUGCUUUCCAGCCAAGUAGAUGUUCAACGUUGGCAAGCUCAGUUGGCGUUGUUGCUGCAUCAUCUCCUGAAAGCAGUAGCUUAGAGUCGCCAGAUAUUCACCCAUUUCAGGUUUCUUCAUCAGGAGCUGAAGAUUCAAGGAGGCUCACUGGUCUCCUUCCAAUUGUGGGUGGUUCUAACAAUGGAUUCCCUCUCUCGAGAUCUACUAGUGAUGGGUAUGAAGCUUCUGGUGGUGAAGAUAGUGAUAGGGUUCCUACCAGGAUUUUGCAGAGAGCGACUAACUGGAGCAAUCUUCUCUUCCAGGCGAAUCAGGAUGAAGGGAUUAUGAGACUGAAAGCAGCAGCACCAUCAUCGAGCCAAACUUAUAGUGGAAAGCUUUAAGCUUUCGUUUUUGUUUGCCGGUCUCCCUCAUGCAUUUAAACAAUUCUUUCAUUCUUGGGCCAAAGUGAUACCUGGGUAGUUGGCCAAUUCACUUAGCUUAUUGAUAUAUAUUUGUAGUUUGGCUUCUGGAUUCAGAAGGCGGGUGGUGGUUCAAGGUGGAAGAACAAAUGCCAAUUGAGCUGAUUCUGUACAACUUAUUGUGCUCUCUCCCUCUCUCUCUCUCAUCCAAUGCAGUUUGCAAGAACAGCUCUCCCUAACUGGGAACUGAGGAUAUGUGUAGUGCUCAUAAUGUUCAGCUGCAUUCUUAUGAAUGGCCACCGCAGCAUAGGACUAGAGCUUAAAUGCCUUAAUCCAUGGUAUCACCAUUACAUCAUAAAAAUCAACGUAAAUG